CUGCAAUUUCCGUAAAUUAGUUUCUCCUUAAUGAAUCAUCAACAACUAGAACAAAGUUAACCAUCGAACGGAUAUAUUCUUGUUCGAUUUUAUCCCCACCCUUUUUUUGGCUUCCAAAUGAAUAUCAGAUCUUCUGGGUUUUGCUGUUCUUACAUUCCCUAAAUCUCACGCCCCCUUCUUCUUUUUCUUUAAAUUCUUCCCUCUAUGGCCAUCAGAGGCGUCGAUUUCAAGUGGUAUGAUGGUUUUUUCUUGUCUAUGCUGGCUACAAGUGUAAUCAUUGUUGCAAUCAAUUGGAAGCGUUAUCAUCAUUGUACAUACCCAUUGCAUAUAUGGAUCGUGGUUGAUUACACUACCGUGUUCAUUUUUCGACUUUUGAUGUUUGUAGAUAAUGGGCUGGCUGCUGGAAUGGGUUUGGAUUUUGGGUGGCAGCAGAGGUAUGCUCGCUUUUGUGGAAGAAUAGUGGUCCUUUCAAUUCUGUCUAUGCUACUUUAUCCAUUUCUUUGGGCCUGGACUGUAAUCGGCACUCUAUGGUUUACCAGUGCGCGGAACUGUUUGCCAGAAAACGGUCAGAAAUAUGGUUUCCUGAUUUGGCUGCUUUUCAGUUACUGUGGAUUGCUCUGCGUUGCUUGUAUGUCUAUUGGGAAGUGGAUGAAACGGAGACAAGCACACCAUUUACGUGCUCAGCAGGGAAUUCCUAUUUCAGAAUAUGGGGUUUUGGUGGACAUGAUUCGAGUACCGGAUUGGGCAUUUGAAGCUGCUGGUCAAGAGAUGAGAGGCAUGGGCCAAGAUACAGCACCGUACCAUCCUGGGCUUUAUUUGACUCCGGCUCAGAGAGAAGCAGUAGAAGCACUCAUUCAAGAACUUCCGAAAUUCAGGUUGAAGGCCGUUCCAACUGAUUGCAGUGAAUGUCCAAUCUGCUUGGAAGAGUUCCAUGUAGGGAAUGAGGUUCGUGGAUUGCCUUGUGCUCACAAUUUUCAUGUAGAGUGCAUUGACCAGUGGCUUAAACUGAAUGUGAAGUGUCCUCGAUGCCGAUGUUCUGUGUUCCCGAAUCUUGACCUAAGUGCCUUAUCCAAUCUCCGAAGUGCUGAAUCUGAACGAUCAUCUGCCAGUAUAGUCACAACAACCCAAUACGUGAGAACUCAGCCUCCCAGCCAGAGCUAUUUAUUGAGAUUGCAAGGUCUACUCUGCCCAGUCCGAACAGGCAAUACUGGGGCACCAAAUGAUGCAGCAGAUGUUGCUUUAGAAACUGCCGAGAAUGGAGCCUUCAAUGUGGUAGCUCCGAGUUCUACAAUCGCAGAAACUGUAGGGCACAGACUUGUUCAUCUCUCCACUCCACCACAACAAUGAAUAUUUCUUGAAGCUUACUCUACAAUUUUCACUGCAUUUUUUUGCUAACCUUUAGCCGAAAUAGGUAGGCUAGACAAUGAUGGCCAUUGCUAAACGCUUGCAUUGUGCUGCUGACUGUAACAAAGGAUUUAUAAGUAGGCCUACCGUGGGGUUACCCCUAAAUCAUAUUGGAACCAAUUGAGUUUCGUGUUCUUACUCAUGGCUAAGGGGUGUGGAGUGAACAGUGUUUUUUACGCAUUCUGAGAAAAACUAUAUUUCAGUA